AGUGUAUUAUGAUAAAUAAAGGGGUGUCUGGCCAGUAAAGAAAAUAAUCUUGCAAUGCUAUCUAAUGAAUUCAUCCAUUAAAUGUCUUGAUUUUAUUGCUUCAAAUGGAAGGAAAAUCAAUACAUUAUGAACAAUAAAGUUCCCUUUGCGAUCAUGGUUCUUUAAUUGGUCUGAUACACAUGAUUGCACAUACAUCAUGUAUAUAAAUUGUCAUCAAUGAGAGAAACUUCUUUUGUCAAACAAUUUCGAAAGCUGUUUUUCAGGUGGACCAUAGAUACCCUAUCACAAGAGCAGUCUCCAGGUAGUCAUCCCCACAUCAUAUCUGAGUCAUAUCUGAUUGGGUUGCUGUCAUAAUGGAGGAAGUACUCAAGCCCCAGUCUACAAACAAUGAUGUCAAUUUCGAGCCCCUGGUCGUGAUGGAGUUUGCACUGAACACCAACCAGGCUGCCAUUGAGUGGAUGAUCACUAAACUGCAGGCAUCCAGUGAGAGGAAUGGAGCUGAGCUCUGUGUUACUGCUGUCAGGAUGGAGCACAAUCAGGAAACAGUGCUGUUGAUUGGUGGCAGGACAGAGCGCCUGCUGCUGGGAGCCGAGAUGAUGGGUCUCAUGAAGGAGUACCGUGAUGGAAACCUGCGAGAGUUCACCAGUAUUGACAUCAACAACUUCAGGGGCGCAGACAAUCCUGAUGGCAUCCUAUCAAUGGCUGAGAAGCAGAAGAUCAUUUUCCGUGAGUUGGAGAACAUUCGUGCCACAGAUGAGGACGAGCAUGUGCCAGGAUACGAGUUUAUAAAGCUCUACCCCGGACGUACCAUAGUGAAGAAGAUGUUGAGUUCAGACAUUGUCAAGACACUGUUUCCAAUCCAUGACCAGGAUUUCUUGAAGAAACUGGGGGCAGAGUGGUAUAAGAGGCCAUUAAGCAGUCAACCAAUUGAGAAAAUUAAAUAUUAUUUUGGUGAGAAGCUUGGUAUCUACUUUGCCUUUCUGGGUUUCUACACAAUCUCGUUGAUUCCCCCUGCAUUGAUUGGUUUCCUGUAUUGGAUCACAUCCUGGCAGAACCUCUACAGGGAAGCCAUCUUUGCAGUCUUUAAUUUAAUUUGGGCGACAGUGUUUCUUGAAGCAUGGAAACGCUACUGCGCUGAACUGGCAUUUAAGUGGGGAUGUACAGACUUUGUUUCUUCUAAGUUUGAGGAACCCAGAGCAAAUUUCCAUGGUCACAUGGGUAGAAAUCCUGUAACCCAGAAACCCGAGCCAGUUUUUCCGAAAUCGCAACAGCUGCUGCGGUUUUAUGGGGUGACAGUGCCGGUUCUAUUUCUGUGCCUUACCUGUGCCUUCUAUGCAAUGUUGGGAUACUUCUGGCUACAGGCGAUUGUUGACCGAUGGUACUUGGAGGAUAAGAGCUGGCUCAACAAGAUUGACACAUUUAUGCCCACGGUGGUGUACGCAGUUGUCAUAGCAAUCCUCAAUGCAAUCUACAGGAAGGUGGCCACCAUACUCAAUGAAUUUGAGAAUCACCGUCUCCAGACCAGCUAUGACAAUCACAUGAUCCUGAAAUUGAUACUGUUUGAAUUCAUCAACUGCUUUAUUUCCCUGUUCUAUGUGGCAUUUUACCUUCAAGAUAUGAAGUUACUCAAAAGUCAUCUGAUGGCACUGCUGAUCACCACCCAGAUCCUAGGCCAGGUGCAGGAGUCAGUAGUACCGUUCCUGUUCCAGCGUCGACGUGCACACCGUCUGCAGCAGGCCGUCAGGAAGCUGGAGACGGCGCAGUCUGUGAGCUACUCCAAUGGGGAUGUGGGGCAGGAUCUGCUGAGACAGGUGUCCAUAGAGAGCAGCAUGGAUCAGUAUAGGGGGACCCAGGAUGACUACCUGGAGAUGUUCCUGCAGUUUGGCUAUGUGUUCCUCUUCUCCUCUGUCUUUCCCCUGGCUGCCAUGUGGGCCCUCAUCAACAACGUCACUGAGAUACGAUCAGAUGCCUUCAAGAUGUGCAGAGUCUUCCAGAGGCCAUUUACUGAGUCUGCUGCAAACAUUGGAGCCUGGCAGAUGGCGUUUGAGCUGGUGAGUGUGCUGGCAGUUAUGACCAACUGUGCCCUGAUUGGUAUGAACCCCGAGGUGCAGAGACUCCUGCCCAGUGACAUCACCGCCGUCAACGUCCUCAUCAUAUUUGUGGCUGUUGAGCACAUUCUGCUGGCUCUGAAGAUGGCGGUGGCUUAUUUUAUACCUGAUGUACCAGACUGGGUGGAGGUGGAAGUGGCUAAGAUUGCCUACCAGUCCAAACUAGCUCUGCAGAAAGAGCAAAUACAGCGCAGUGCAGCAUCAAAGAGAAAAGCUGAAGUGAUCAGUACCAUAUAGUUACAUCAUAAUGAAGAACUUUCAUAACAGUUGUUAAAUAUAUGUUUUGUUGAACAUCUAUAUUAUACACCAGUAGUUGUGCACUUCUUUGUUUUAUGUUAUUAUACAUAUUAGUUAUAUUUGUUUUUAUGCCCCCGGUAGGGUGGCAUAUAGCAGUUGAACUGUCAGUCUGCAUGUCCGUCCGAAAACUUUUAACAUUGGUCAUAACUUUUUCAAUAUUGAAGAUAGCAACUUGAUAUUUGGCAUGCAUGUGUUUCUCAUUAAGCUGCACAUUUUGAGUGGUGAAAGGUCAAGGUCAAAGGUCAAAAAAACAAAAUCCAAGGGAAGUAACAAUCUUUAAAGGGAGAUAAUUUCUAUUUAUCAUUUGGCAGGUACAGAUCAUUUUAACAAGGGAAGUAAUAUUUUUUUAAAGGAUAUAAUAAAAAAAAACUUGUUUAAUUCAAAGCAGCGCAUUUUUGAUAAACACAUCUCUUGUUCUUUUAUAAAGUCAUUUAUCUGCAAUAACUAUAAUAUGCUAAAUUAUAUAAUAGUUACUAUGACUGUUAUAAUUAUUAUAAUUUUUCCUCACAUCAGCAUGAAAUACUUAUGAUGAACUUUUGUUGAAGAUGGUUGUCUGUCAUCCUAUGUUGUCAACAAUUUGCUUCAAAGACAUACUUAUCUGGUGAGCCAGAGUAACCGAAACUAAAUAAACAUGUUCCUUGCAUGAGACCUCAAGGCGAGGGCAUAGGUAUUUGAAGUGGAAUAAUUGGUACUAAACUUUUACUAAACUUGUUCAAUAGAUUUUAUUUGGAAUUCGCACGCUUUGGGUUUUUCCGAUUUCUGAGCCGCGCGGGAGGUACAAACAUUGUCAUUAACACAAUAAUACAGUAAUGACCAGUAACGUCGAUAUCCGCAUUGCUUCCCAUUCAGUAGUGGAUAUUUAAAUGACAGUUACUAGUGUUUCUUUAAUGAAUUUUCAAAAUUCAAGCCUUUUGUUGCUAUUACUAUUAUUAUUAAUAAUUACACAUAACAAAUCUAAUACUGAUAUACAUGUAUGUCAAACGUAUAAUACAGGAUUAAAGUCUAAAUACACCGUUCAGAUGUACAGCCACCUAUACGAAUGGGUCCAGUAGCUAACAUCCUUAAAAGACAUGAAAAAACAAACUUUGUCAGCUGUAUGGUAAUGAAGGAACCUAUACAAACGGCUUGACAAUUCAAUAUUUCUUCUGAAAAACAUUAUUCAUGUUCUUGUUUUUUUCGGCAUGCUUUAUAGAUAUAGCAAAUAAAAGUCAUGUAUGGUAAAGCCCGUUAGUGAUGUGCCUUAUAAUCUUAAGGUCUUAGUCUUCAGCGAAUAAUUUUCUGUACUUUUCAGAUUAAAUUAAAGACAAGCAUCACAAUAGAGCUUUAUCAAUAGACAUAUAACUAUCUAAAUGAUACGGAACGAUAUAUUAGUUCUAGUACUAUGAAUGGACUGAGGGUAGUAAGGUUUUUGUUGUUUGGUACUUGUCUGUAUGAUUUUAAAUAUAUUUGAAUAGUAUAAUAUGUCUACGUGUCUACGAUGGAGUCAAUGUCUUGGUGGUUUCGUUGACACAGUUCCAUUAAAACUGUAUGCCCAGGCCUACGCACAGUAUAUGCAAUGACAUAGUUACGUGACCGAAGCUGUUUACACGUACAUGCAGCAUUAUAUCGUGUUACAUAGUAUACUUACAAAUUAAACACGAUUGAGAUUAGUUCAUCUAAAGAAAUAUGAUUAAAUCAUGGUAUUUUUAUCAACUAUAACGAACGUUUGAGCAGAAAAAGUGGUGUUUACUAUUCAGCGAUAAGAGAAAUGAUUGAUUCACUCUUUUAAAAUAUGCUAGUCAGCUUUUGUUUGUACCUACCGCGCGUGCUCACAUAUCGGAAAAACCCAGAUUGGAGAGUUCCGAAUAGCAACUAUUUAUGGCUCUGGGAUCAAAGUUUGUCAUGCAUGGGCUGCAAAGGUGUUUUCCUUAAUAUUUCAUUAUAGUAAAAAAAAUAUCCUGUUCUGUCAAAAACUUAAAUUCUCAUCUGUAAUUGACCAUUUAACAAUUCUGAGAUGUUUCAAACAAUUUUCAUAGGAUGACAAUCAACCAAAUGAUUUGACAUUAUUUUAUUAUUGUUUCAUUAUUUGUCUGACAGCAUAAUAAUGAUGGUUUCUUUAAAGCAUGGUGAGCGACCUAGCCCUUCUUGUUAAUAACAUAGACAUAUUAAAUUAAAAAAAAAAAAAACAUGAUUAAAAUAAAUGUCUUCUUCAGAACAUUUACUUAAAUGCAAUUUUCAAGCACUGCCAAACUUGCUCUACUUUGAACUUACGGGUAUACUGACUUGAAGUGUCUUCUUUACAAAUUGUUUAUGAAUGAUUAACAAGUAAGCCUUGAAAAGUAUUUGAUAUUUGAUGCUUCAAAGUCUGAUUCUGUGUUCCGCUAUUUUGCAGUAGUGUUUUAUGUGCAAUUAUGUUUGAUUUAAAUGCAUUUUAGCUUACCUAUGCACAAAAUGCUAAAUUAAAGCUAUUUCGAUCAACCUAUGCCUUUGUUGUGUAGUGUGCAUCUCUCCUAAACAACUUUUAGUUUGUUACCACUCUAGAGGUCCCUUAUCUGUUUUUAAUAUUGAUAAAACUUUUUUAAAUGUUUUUCUUUACAAUAAUUAGGCCUGGUUCAAAUCAGGGUCAAGAAAGAAUUAACACUAGGUCACCUGGUCAAAUCGUCAAAAAAGCCUGUUAACACUCUAAAAGCCUUGAUACCUAGCCAAGUUGGAAUCUUUGUCCUGCUUGUUAGAAAAAUAUUUCACUAGGUAAAAUCAUAUAAAACUUUGUUACCCCUCUUAAAGCUACAUGUAUCAUUCAAUCUUAAUGGGAAUUGAGCAGAAUAUUCAUCAUCAGAAUAUGUGGGCAAGGUUGGAAUCUCCUGAAGUGCUGUCAAAAACUUGGUUAUCUGGUCCAUUCUUAGAAAAGAUUUUGUACCUGUCUAGAAACCACAUUUACAAUAAAAUCAGGAGGAAACAUGGUAAGAGUGUUAAUCUCACAUUCACUGGGCCAAUUUUGAAUCGGGGAAGAAUCGAUUCCAAAAAUAAAAUCUUAGAAAAACCUUGUAAAGAGUCCAGUAACACGUGUGCACAAUCCUCAAGCGUGUUACACAUUCCCUCUGGUUUCUAGGCAAUCUGUCGAGAUAGCUUUAAUAGGUAACCAUAAUUAUAUAAAAGGCGUAAUUUGUUGUAAUAAACCUUGACAUUCUUGAAUAAA